AUGUAUUUCUUUAAUUUACAGAGCAGCGGCGGUUGUCGUUCAGCGAGUACUGCGGGCGUGGGCGCCGUGACGGUCGCUAACGCAAGCGCGGGCGCGGGCGGCGCGUGCGCGGCGCGCAUGGCAAGCGCGGGCGCACAGUACCGCGGCGGCGCGCAGCAGUGGGCCACGGCGUACGCGCCGCAGCCCUGCCGCUACCCGCCGCCGCAGGCGCAGCCGCAGCCUUACGCGACACCAUACACGCCACACCAGUUUUCGGGCACUGGUAUGGGCGGCGGAUGCGGCGCGACAAGUGGACGAGUGCCAACAGCGGCGUCGCCUGCCAAUACGGCGUCGUCAUCCUCGUCCAACGGCUCAGCCAACGGCACUCGCUCUACUAGCUUGAGUACCGCGCCGCCCCCACCCGCAUCAUCGGCAUCAACAACCGGAGCGGUGGGUGAGCAGCUCAGCCGCACGAACCUCUACAUACGGGGCCUUAGCCAGAACACCACCGAUAAGGACCUCGUACAAAUGUGCCAGAUGUAUGGCAACAUUAUUUCAACAAAAGCAAUAUUGGAUAAAAAUACGAAUAAAUGUAAAGGUUACGGUUUUGUAGAUUUUGAAACGAUCGCGUCGGCCGAGGCAGCUGUUAAAGGAUUACAAGCCAAAGGUGUUCAGGCCCAGAUGGCUAAAGUGGGUAUCUGGUUCCUGCGUAGACUGAACCGUCAACAGGAGCAAGACCCAACCAACCUCUACAUGGCAAAUUUGCCGCCACACUUUAAAGAGAACGACGUGGACCAGCUGCUCGCUAAGUUUGGGCAGGUUGUUUCCACUAGAAUCUUGCGCGACCCCCACGGACAAAGCAAAGGAGUCGGUUUUGCAAGGAUGGAAUCCAGAGAGAAGUGCGAGCAAAUCAUUCAAAUGUUUAAUGGAAAUCCAAUUCCGGGAGCCAAGGAGCCUCUUCUAGUUAAGUUCGCCGACGGCGGUAACAAAAAGAAGGCGUUAUACAAUAAACAAGGCGACAACAACGGUAGAGCAUGGAGGGACAAUAACGACUCCAUUACACAGUUCGAAAUGUUGCAGGCUGCGAUGGCGGUUAGUGGCGUAUACGCAAGUGGCGUAGGCGGUGCCGGCGCAGGUGGAGAAUGCGCAGGCGUGUACCGCGGGGGCGGCAACGUCUACGGCGUGGCAGCCUUCCACCAUCACCCGCAGCUGCAUCAUCAUCACCAUGCUGCGCACCCCGCCACCUGGCUGGCACCCUAUGCGGCGCUCAUACCGCCUGCGCACCCUGCGCAUCAUGCAACUCACCCGGCGCACCCACACAUACCCAUCGAUGCUGUACCUAGCCAAUAUGUAAACUGGGACAGCUUAAGGCCGGAAAAUGAGUUAUACUAUUUCACGUCGCCACCGUACCAGUACUUCGCGGGCCCGACUCCGCCAAUUAUCCAGAUGCCGAUGGAAAGCGAGCACGCGUCGACGGCGGCAUCGCCUGACGAGGCCUACCAGACGUACCCGCCUCCCAAGUAG